ACGUACGUGGGGGUUUAAUUCCAUUCCUUCCUUUCAAUUUCCUCCGAAACCCCCAAACCCCUCGCUUCCAAUUUCACUCGUUUUCUCUCUCUCAGAACCAGAAGAAAAAUGGCAGAUGCUAAUGAUGCGGUGUCGUCCACGACGGCGACUACGAAUCCAUUGCCUCCGUUUCUGAAGAAGCUCUACGCCAUGGUGGAUGACCCGGAGACCGACUCGGUUGUUUCUUGGAGCAACGGCGACAACAGCUUUGUGGUUUGGAACCCGCACGAGUUCGCCUCCAAGCUUCUGCCCAAGCACUUCAAGCACAAUAACUUCGCUAGCUUCAUCCGGCAGUUGAAUACUUACGGUUUUAAGAAGGUGGAUUCAGAUCGUUAUGAAUUUGCAAAUGUGAAGUUUCUAAGAGGUCAAACACACCUUUUGAAAAGUAUCAGUAGGAGGAAACCAGUUCAUGUACCGGGUCAACAACCAACUGAAGUGCCGAGCUCCUCAGUUGGGGCAUGUGUUGAGGUAGGGAAGUUCGGGCUGGAGGAAGAGGUUAAAAGACUUGAAAGGGACAAGAAUGCUCUUAUGCAGGAACUUGUUAGGUUGAGGCAGCACCAGCAAACAACUGAUCACCAGUUGCUGAGUGUGGGACAACGAGUGCAGCUAAUGGAGCAGAGACAGCAACAAAUGAUGUCUUUCCUUGCAAAGGCUAUGCAUAGUCCUGGCUUAUUAGCCCAGUUUGUACAGCAACAGAAUGAAAGCAAUAGGAACAUUACCGGAGUGAAUAAAAAAAGGAGACUCCAAAGUCAGGAAAACGAAAGUGUAGCUGGUGAGAGUCGCACUAAUUCUCCCGAUGGACAGAUUAUCAAGUACCAGCCUUCGAUGAAUGAGGCAGCUAAAGCAUUGCUGCAGCAGAUUUUGAAGAUGAAUGGAUCUCCUAGGGUGGAACCAUUGAUGAACAACCCUGGUGCAUUCCUUAUUGAUGAUGCUCCUCCUUCCCAUGCAUUCCAUGGUGGAAGUCCCUCGAGUGAAGUUUCGGGAGUGACCCUCUCUGAGGUUCCACCUAAUUCUGGACAGUGUUUUAUGCCAGUAGAGUCAGGAUUUCCUCUUAAAUCCCCAUCUACUGCCAUUUCAGAGAUUCAGUCUUCCUCCUAUAUGGUGCCUGAUCAUGCUACAGCAGCUGGAUUCCCAAAUAUUGAUGUUUAUAAUUCUGGAGAAGAGACUAUUUUGCCUGACUUCUCUCAACUGCAAGGAAUCAUGCCAGAAAGCGCUUCUGAAAUCCUUGAUAUGAACUUCGUGGGGUCCGAGACUGGGAAUGCAAGUUAUGUGGAUCCAAUGUCUGUUGUUUUGGAUGUGACAAGGCCCAUGAAAACUGAUGCUCUUUCUCCAGAAAGUGAUGUGGAGGCCCUGCUUGAUGAGAUCCCAGUACUUCCAGGCAUUAACGAUACUUUUUGGGAACAAUUCCUUACAGGGAGCCCGCUCACUGAGGAUGCAGAUGAAAUAAAUUCGAGUUCAUUAGCUGGUGGUGUGACCAUGGAUAAUGAGUUACCCAUAGGAGAGAAGAACAACUGGGACAAGAUUCAGUAUAUGGAUCAUCUUACUGAACAGAUGGGGCUUCUUGAAUCGAAGACUGGAAUGGCCUGACCUUCUCACCAAUUGUAUAUGCAUGUUCCUCACCAUCGAGAGGUUGAUGGCCUGUGCAGUUGGGCAGACAAAGCUCUUCUUCAGAGACUGAUGAUCAAUAAUGAUUUUGGUUUAAGAAAACGUUUUAUCAGUUCCUAGUUCUAGUUUAAGAAAUAUUUUUUACUUUUACAUCUAUAUCAAGUAAUUUUGUGUGCAAGGUUACCAAAAAACACUUUCCGGACAUGAUACCGUUGAAGUAUAUCAUACCCAUAAAUUUUAGGCGUAACCAUUUUCCAGUAAAAAUCGCAGGCUCUUUUAAAUUACCUGUAAUGUGAAUAGGAGGUCCUGUCUUUGGUCCUUUUCAGUAAAGCUACUUUUUGCCA